UUCACCCCUUUGUCUCUUAAACCUGUUGCUGAAACCCAGUGACCAGCAGCCCUUGUCAUCCUCCCCCUCGUGAACCAUUCUCCAUCCAACAUGGAUGACCUGCUGUGGCAGCAGUGUGUGACGCAGCUGAUGGGCGAGGGCCUGUGUGUGGACUGCGCUGUGGUGAAGCUGCAGAGCGGGGCGGUGCUGGCUGCGGCCGAGGAGGGCACCCUCCAGCACCUGAGCCGACGUGAGCUGCGCCGCCUGCUGGCAGCGGACCGCCAACGCAUGCAGACACGCGGGUUGAGCCUGGGCGGCGUGCCACUGGCGCUGCUAAGGGACGAGCUGGGCAGCGGUGGGCAGCGGAGCAUGGACCUGCGCACCAAGCAGCGGCCCAGCCAGGGAGUGGCUGUCUGCCGCACCCAGGCCCACCUCCUGCUGCUCAUGGGGAGAUGCGGUGUGGGCAGUGGCCUACUGAACCACAGGGCGCACCAGAUGGCCGCAUGCCUCCUCAAUGCUGGCGCUUAGAGAGGAUCUGGGUAUACAUUAACACAUCAAACCCUGAGACAGAGGCAGAGAAAGAGGGAGAGAGAGAGAAAGAGAGAGGGAUGUAGGAAGAGAGGGCAAGAGUGUGGGAGAGAGGGCAGUAGGCUGCACAGAGAAAGAGAGAGAAGAGAGUGAGACAACUGGGUGGGAAUUCCCAGCAGAUAUAAACAGUAACAAGUUGGUUUCAAGGCCAAAAUUACUGGGAUUAUGGGAUGGUGUGUGUGUGAUUUACACAGUGGAGGAGGCCUACUGGAAAGGCAGCUCAUUCCUUUGAGGAUUAUAAUCCAACUCAGAAGGGAAAAAUGUGGAGCGCACCACAAACUCCCACACGCCUCGCAACUGAACGAAAUAAACAACAUCUUAGGA